GAGAAUGUACCUUUGGUUUUGACAGAUUAAGAUAAGUUUGUAAGCGUCUGUGUAGAGAGAAAAAAUCACAAUACAUAAAAAAUAAACGCUUUUAUCGAGCAUGACGAAUGUAACAUGUAUAUCCGGGACUUUGCAACGGUUGAAAAUGAGGAUGUAUUCAACCUCUCCGCUGUUUUGGUGCGGGAAUAAUUGUUUACAUUCGCAUAGAUUCACAAGCGCUUCAACUACCGCCAGAUGUUUUGAUCGAGAAUUACGUCACACACGCAACAGCAGCAUACUUUACGCUUCAUCAGCGCACAAAACUGUACGUAUCGGAUGCGCGUCAGGGUUUUGGGGUGACACUGCAACGUCAGUUCCUCAGCUCAUAUACGGUGGAAAGUUGGACUUCCUUGUGUUUGACUAUCUGUCUGAAAUCACCAUGUCACUGCUCACAGCUUUCAAAGCUAAAUCACCUAAUAUGGGAUAUGCGCCGGAUUUUGUUCUGUCCCUGUCUCCAUUUAUUAAGGAUAUCAGCAAAAGAGGUAUUCGUGUGGUUAGUAAUGCUGGAGGUGUAAAUCCUCUUGCCUGUGGAGCAGCUCUACAGGAAGUAGUUCAAAAGGCAGGACUUGAUUUAAAGGUAGCCGUGGUCACUGGUGAUGACCUGUUGCCACAGAAAGACUCUUUGACUCAACUCAGAAUGAGUGAUUCAGAGGAACAGAAACCACUUCCAAAGACCAUCCACAGCAUGAACGCAUAUUUGGGUGCCCUCCCCAUUAAACGCUGCCUGGAUCUCGGGGCUGAUAUUGUAGUGACGGGACGCUGCGUGGACAGCGCUGUGGUUCUUGGACCACUAAUGCAUUCAUUUGCCUGGGACUCCAAUAACUAUGACAUGCUGGCUGCUGGAAGCCUUGCUGGUCACCUGAUUGAGUGUGGUGCCCAGGUCACGGGGGGAAUUUUCACAGACUGGCACACAGUUCCUGACUGGGAUAACUUGGGCUUUCCAGUGGUUGAAUGUUCUGCUGAUGGUACAUUUACACUGUCCAAACCUCCAAAAACAGGAGGCCUGGUUUCAUAUGGAACAGUAGCAGAGCAGUUAGUGUAUGAGAUCGGAGACCCGAGACAUUACCUUCUGCCAGAUGUAACCUGUGACUUCUCUAACGUUACCAUUACUGAGAUACCUGAUGUGGAAGGUGGAGCAGUAAAAGUAGGCGGGGCCAAAGGAUCAUCUCCAUCCGGUGACUUAAAGGUUUGUGCCACAUACAUGGAUGGAUUCAGGGCAACAGCAGUUUGUCCUGUUGGUGGUCCUAGAGCUGUAGAAAAAGCCAGAAGAACAGCAGAUAGCAUCAUCAAAAGGACCCAGCGAAUUUUCAGACAGCUUGGCCUAGAGAACUACACUGAAGUCAACAUCCAAGUUCUGGGCGCAGAGGACACAUAUGGACCACAUGCAGUCAAUACAGGUUCUCGUGAGGUUGUCAUAUGGAUGGCCGUCCAUCACAAACAGAAGAAAGCAUUAGAGUUUUUCUCUAGAGAGGUGGCACCAGCAGGAACAGGCAUGGCUCCAGGACUAACAGCCAUAGUAGGAGGCAGACCACGAAUAUCACCAGUGCUGAAACCAUUCUUUUUCCUGCAUCCCAAAGCCGAUCUGGGGGUGAACAUUCAUUUGAACGGGGAGCUGGUGGAGACACACAGAGAGGAAGCAACAGACCCUUUGUUAGCAGAAAGACAUGACCCCUCCCUCAACCAAGAGGAAUACAACCACACAGAUCUGCCCUCUGGCCCUCAUACUUACAGACUGGAGGAGUUAGCAUACACACGCAGUGGAGACAAAGGGGACUCCUCAAACAUCGGUGUUAUUGCGAGACACCCUCUUUAUUUUCCUUACCUGAGAAAAUGUUUAACUGCUGAUGUGGUGGAGCAGUAUUUCCAACACCUGAUCAGAAAGGAUCAGACUGACUUACCCUCUGUCACACGGUACGAACUGCCUGGCAUUCACGGGCUGAACUUCAUCCUUCGCAACUCUCUUGGUGGGGGAGGGGUGGCAUCGUUACGCAGUGACCCUCAGGGAAAAGCCUAUGGGCAAAUGUUGCUUGACUUCCUGAUUUGCUUGACUUCCUGAUUUGAAAUCACUGGCCGACUAAACGAGUGGGACUGAAAGAUGUCAGUGGUGUCACAUUUGAAAAAGUACUUUAUAUGAGUGUCUUGUUUUGAAUAACCUCAGAUAGAUUUUAUUAUGCACUAUGUGUAAAUUCAACAGUGUCUUCCAUUUUAGUUUGUGAUACUAACAAUUUGAACAAUUCUGGAACCAAAAUGUGAACACAUAAUUGUGCCUUGUAUGUUUUUUUUGUUUCGAUUUUUUGUUGUUCCUGUAAUUUAUGUACAUACAAAUGAAGUAGACAUUACUGAGUAUUAAGUACUUCGAUUUGAACAGUGAAAGCAAAAUAAAGAGCAGACUUAAGUAAAGCUCGGUUUUGGUGGGCUGUUGUUGAACAUGCAAGCACUUUAAUAUGUAGUGAGUACAUUAGAGAAUGUCGUCCUUGACAUAGUUGUGUUGAGUUGGCCACGUCUUGACGGCGACACUAAAUCAAUAAACCCUUGAAGU